CGCCGCGCCGUGCCCGGGCAGCACCACAGACGCUCCCGGAGACCGCCACACCGCCCGCAGACUCGCGCCGGCGCCCGCCGCGAGCGCGCGAACUGAAGGCCGCGAAAGCAGCGACGACGGAAAAGUUGUGAUAAAGGAGCAAACGAAAUAAACGACAGCAAAACACAUAGCAACCGACCGGAAAUCCAUCGGUCCGGGGAGGACCGUCAGCCGCGCGAGGCACCCGCUAUUAGGUGUGGGGGCGGCCCAGGACCCGCCCCACCGGGCCAUGGGGAGCAGGCCGCGGCCAUGAGGCGCGGGGGCGGGCCCGGGGGCGGCGGCUUGCCCCUCGGGGGCGGGCCGGCGCGGCCCCUGGCGCUCUGGGCCUUCCUGGGCCUCGUGCUGGCAUUCGGCCCGUCCUCAAGCGCGCCCGGGGUGCCGGCGGCGGAGGCCGAGCAGCACCAGUACGUCAGCUCCAGCCAACUGUCCACGGCGCGCCCCGAGGCUCUCAUCGGGCCCGGCGAUAUCUCCGGGACCAUCCGGCGCAUGGGCCCGCCGAGCCCGACCAAGCGGCGGCCCAAGCUGCAGGAGCUGGCCCUGGAGCUGCAGCUGCUCCAACAACAGGACCGCCAGGGCAUGCAGGGCCUCCUGCAGGCCGCCGGCACCAGGCCGACGGCCACAACUGCCGCGUCGCGCGCGCAGCAGCUCCGCGCACAGCCCAGGUCCAGCGCCGCGCCGCCGGCCUCCAGCGCGCCGUCCAUGACCAUCCUCGAGGACAUCAACAGCCUGAUGGAGAACAUGCCCGAGAAGCAGGUCGGCGGGCCCACCCGGGAGACGGCCGUUCUCGAGGACGGCGUCGAGGGCGGUGCGUCGGCCUACGCCGGGGAGCCGGGCACUGGGGUGGCCGAGGGCGACGACGAGCAGCCACCCCUCGACGCGGACGACAUGUACGGCCCCAACAAGAGCCACGUCGACCUCGUCAACCGUUUCCUGCGCAUCGUCGAGUCACAGCACCUCCUGGGCGAGAACUGCACCGCCGGCACCGACCUCAACCUGGGCGAGGGCGUGGUGGACCGCUACGCGCAGGAGCGCUUCCGCGUGGAGGCGGACGUGGCCGUGAACCGCGCCAACAUGCUCACCCGCCUGUGGAAGUACGCGGGCGCAGAGGUGCUGCACUCGGAGUACCUGCUGCACGCCGCCGUGUUCGCCAUGGUCGAGUUCGACGACGACAUCUUCGCGGCGGGCAACUGCUACGACGCCUACCAGUACAAGGACUACGAGCUCUUCUGCCCGUUCGCCUACCGCCUCCCGGACGGGCCCAUCCUCGUCAAGGACCUCGCCGUCGAGUACAAGUACCUGGGCAACUCGUCCGAGUGGUUCUACAUCGCGAGGAAGAACGCGGAGCGCGUCAUCCACAACUACAACCAGUUCAGCAGAGGCUACAACACGUACACCUUCAACUCGACGGCGCACACGGACCGCGUGGCCGACGAGAUCCUGAGCGUGACGUACGAGGACGGCAAGUGGAGCAAGCCCUACUACGACUGCGGUGGCGGCAACAUCUGGAUGCUCACCUACACCGUGCCCUUCUUCGGCUUUGCCAACGGCUCCUACUUCUUCAAGGGCACGAGCGGCAUCGACAUCGAUCUCCGGCGGGUCGACAUCGACCAGUGCCCCUCGCGGCCCGGCUCCACCGAGCUCAACAUCUUUGCCGCCUCCGACAAGUGCAAGAAGAGGACAACAGAGUGCGUGGCCAUCAAGGGGCUGGGCUUCCGGCGCGGCUCCUACCACUGCGUGUGCCGGAGAGGCUUCUACUUCCCGGACACCAGGACGUCGCGCCGCGCCUUCAACGGUAGCCACAUCGAGGAGGAGUACGAGAAGCUGCAGUUGCAGGGCCAGGACUCCGAGUACGCGGUGGCCGGCGCGUUCGAGUGCCUCCAGUGCGCCGAGGGCUGCGAGUCGUGCGAGGACAGCAGGCCAUGCGUGCUCGCCCUCAACUGGGCCGUGAGGACGGCCCUGCUCGUCCUCUCGUGCGCGAUCAUCUGCUGCCUGCCCGCCGUGUUGCUCUUCACGUGGAAGUACCAGCACGUCAAGGUGGUCCGCGCGGCCAGCCCCGUUUUGCUCAGAGUAAUAGUUUUGGGUGCCUUUUUUAUCUACUGUACGACGAUCGUGUCGUACUUCAAGCCGCGCGUGUUCACGUGCACGCUGCGACUCUGGCUGCGCGAGCUGGGCUUCUCCCUCACCUACGGCGCCCUCAUGUUCAAAACAUGGAGAAUCUCCGUCAUCUUCCGCGUGCGGUCCGCCAAGGCCGUGAAGAUCACGGACGUGGAGCUGCUGCAGCGCGUGGGCGCGGUGGCGGGCCUGUUCGGCGUGCUGCUGGCGGUGCGCACCCUCGUCGACCCGCCGCCCGUCAUCGUGGGCAGGACGGCGGACGACCUCAAGGCGUUCCUCUGCCGCACCGACUGGUGGGACCACUGCUUCACAGUCCUCGAGCUGUCCUUCCUGCUGUGGGGCGUGCGGCUGUGCAUCGUGGUGCGCAAGGCACCCACCGAGUUCAACGAGGCGCGGUACAUCUCGAUGGCCAUCUACAACGAGUUCCUCCUGUCGAUCUUCCUCAACGUCUCCAUGUGA